UAUGGCAUUGAUUGACAGGCUAAACACCGCCUUAUCUUACGAUAAGUAUUUCUUAAUGACACAUACAGUUAGUUAUACAGAUUAAGGUGUCAGUCGAGAAUUUAAACACUUUCUAUAUCAAAUUGUUCAGGUGGAAAAUCUCUUAGAGAUAAUUAUACAGUUCUAAAACGAGAUUAUGUAACGCACAUAGCAGAAGACGAAAUAAGUGUUUACAUGCACCUGAUACUUCAAACGUGUGUCAGUGUGUAUACACGACUUCAAGCUGGGAAUUUAAACGAAAGCCGCACAUAACAUUGAAUGGCAAAGGAUUUAAAAGCAUGAAGUCCCAAAGUCAUUUAUUUCAUACAAAACCAUCGAUUUGGAAUAACUAUGAAUAUAUUUAAAAUUUAAGUGAAAAAUUCCUUCAUUCAUUAUUCGAAACUACACCUUGGAUUUAUAAAAGUAAAAAUGAGAUUUCUUUCCGUGUUGUGUGCGUUUGUGUCUGUGCAGGCGAGUUUUUAUGACUAUAAAUACGGUGACGGCUACGUCAGUGACGGCGAAAAACCGACGGCAUGGCAAGGGACGUUACUGAGUGGACGAAUGAGUCAGCCAAAAUGUAUAGAUAUUCCGAAAAAUUUAACAUUAUGUCAAAAUAUUGGAUACGAUCAAAUGAGGCUCCCGAAUCUGCUAGACCAUGAUUCCAUAAACGAGGUUAUUCAACAGUCUAGGUCAUGGAUAUCGCUAUUAGGAGUACACUGUCAUCCCGACACAAAAUUAUUUUUAUGUUCCUUGUUUUCUCCUGUCUGUUUAGAAAGAGAUAGGGAAAUUUAUCCGUGUCGGUCAUUAUGCGAAAGUGUCCGCGAUGGUUGUGAGACAAUAAUGAAAGCUUAUUCAUAUAAAUGGCCGGAUAUGGUACGGUGUGACAAAUUUCCGGACGAUACGGAAAUGUGUAUUCCCGGCCAAUCAACGGUGAUGCCCACAAGUAGGUAUAACAAACCACAAAACAUGUGUUCGUCCUGUAACCAAAUUAAUACAUUCGAGAGCCUCAUUCACAACUACUGUCGCUCUACUGUUGUAAUUAAAGUAAAACUGAAGAAAGCAAGUAUGAGAAAGGGUAAUCUUGUAGUGUACAUUAAAAAGAAGAAGAAAAUGAUCAAAGGAAAUUUAUCAAAAAAGGAAAAGCGGAAGUUAACCCCCAUCAUAGAAGAUGGCGCAUCGUGCGAUUGUGAAUAUUUAAGUGCAAAUAGUACUUCCAAAAAGAGUUUUAUUAUAAUGGGAAAUAUGACCGAUGAAGGAGAACUUUCACUUGUAUUCAUGUCAACUUGGGAAAGAAACAAAGGUUUCCGAAGAGCUAUUCGAAUGAUGAAAAGGGGCGUAUCAUGUGAUAGUGACAUCAUAGCGAUUUCAGAUGGCUCGAAAACAGACAAUUCGUCUGGUGGUGGUAAGACGAAAGGAAAAGAUAAAAAGAAAGGAAAAGGACGGAAACGUAAAAAUAAAGGACGAAAAAAUAAGAAAAACAAAAAGAAAGGAAAGAAGAAUAAAAACAAAAAAAGUAAAAAAGACAAUAAUGUUGCCAAUCCUUGAUCUCAGUGUGUGCUUAGAAAUGAUGACUGUCUUUCAAUUGAAUUUGCAUCCUCCAGAGUCAGGAGUUCAAGUCUACGAUUGCAUCCUUGCAGCCUCUCGUUGUAACAUUGGCAGAUUCCGCAGAGCAACGGAAUCACCCCAUAUUUGCUCCAUAUCGGGAACAAUUUACGUCUUGGUACUUUAUCCACUCACUUGUUUGCAUAAAUACUUGUAUAACGAUUAUCCAAAAUCAAAAGAACAGCUUGACGAAGGGUCAUUCUUGGUCUCUGAACCCCUAAUUUUGGAGGAUGGAUUGGUCGUUAAUCUGUGAUAGGUUCGAAGAGAUGUUUAUGCAUUACCUGAUAUGUAUAUCUUUACAAUGUCAUGAAUGGGAGCAUCCGUUUUGACACAUCUGACGGAUAUUUUUGUUCUGUGUGUUGUUUAAACGUUAAACACAUGUUUUAUUUGUUAAUCUGAAACUUUAUUUUCCAUGACUUGUUGUUUAUAUAUAUUUUGGUAUUAAUUGUCUUAUAUCAAUAUGGUAUUCAUGUAAAUAAUCUAUCAACUUCGACGUAUUGAUAUAAUGUGUUUAAUAUGUUUCAAUCAUUGUGCUUAUUUUGUGUUUAGUCACCUGUUUAAGGUUGACGUACAGUUUAAUGAUAUACCUGUAAUUUGAAUUGUGAAAAAUAGGGCGAAUGAACUCGAUUAUCUAGGUUUUUGCCAUGUUCGUUCAACAAAAAAUACAACUUUUGAUAGAAGAAAUUCACCAUAUAACAUAGAGAGAGGAUAUGUGGUUAUUUGGGCAAUUCAGUCAGCUUCCAGGAAAGUGCCUUUAAUAAGAGAAAAUUUAAAAGACACAACAAACUUUUUUUUUGGGAGCUGUUAUAGUUUUUAUUUCAGAAAAAUAAUAAUAGAAGAUAGUUUUUUCACAUGGUGAAAUACAUGCGGACUUAUUCACUAGGUUGGAAUUUUGCUACUAAAAUUACACUUUAUUGAAAUUUUAUUAUUGAAUUUUUAAAAAGAAAUUUAAAACUUAUAAUCUCACGACAAACUUAAGUUAUUGUGUAUGAAAAACAUUAUUGUCCUAUCAACCAUAAUGCAUCAUUUGUCGCGAUUUUCUGCGCUUCGUUACCACCAGGAAUUUUUAAUAUGUGGCAUUUUUCAUAUAUUAUUCUUUAAAGACAGAGAUUUGAUUCAUAAAAUGUGAAGUCUAGACCUUUCUUCCGAUUAAAUUUCUACGUUUCUUAUUAUCUGAAAACGCUGGUGAUAUUUCAAUUAGUGAGAGCAUUUAGGUUAAUAAUGAGCCAAACGUAACUUACAAAUUGGCAAUCAGUGUAAUCUGGUACCUUGUACUGCUUGCAACAUUUGUGAUGGUAAUUUGAUUUCACGCCCGGUAAUCAAAGAAAUAAAUGAAUUUUCCAUUUGCUUGAUGUAGGUAACUUAGGAAUUAAUGCACCGAAAGGAACUGUAUAUAAUUGGUUCUUUGUCGAUUAAACAUGUCAGUUAGAUAUUCCAUAGAUCAAACACGAUUAUUAUAAAUUUAUAAGAAACUAAUUAGCCUUUUUAUCAAUAAAGUUUUGGAUACGAA